AUGGGCGGCAUUGAGAAACAUGCAAUUCAACCAUUUUCCAAGCCAUUUACAAUACAUAAUCUUGUGUAUUAUGCUAUCUCUUUCACCUUUGGUCUGUCAAUUGGUAUUCUAUUUAGUUUACAGCUUAAAAGCAGCUCCCCACGGCCUCUUGUAUUUUUUCAAGCUGCCUCCAAUUUGGUCUCUAGUACUUCUCCACCAGUUCCACUACCGUCGCCAAGGAAUGGCAUUUUCAAUUCUAGCACUGGUAUUUCAUUGAAAGAAGAAUAUCAAUCUGUGAUGCACGAUAUGAGUGACCAAGAGUUGUUACUGAGAGCAUCUAGCAGGGUUCCAAAGAUAGUUUUCAUGUUCUUAACGGGAGGUCCACUUCCCUUGGCUCCAUUGUGGGAAAUUUUUUUCGAGGGACACCAAGGCUUUUAUACAAUCUACGUUCACUCACAUCCUCGUUACAACCAAACAGUUCCUCAAACUUCCGUCUUCCAUGGUCGAAGAAUCCCCAGCCAGCCAGUGUAUUGGGGAAUUGCGACAAUGAUAGAUGCAGAGAGACGACUCCUUGCAAAUGCACUACUCGAUCCAUCCAAUCAACGAUUCGUUCUUCUAUCGGAUUCAUGCAUUUCGUUGUUCAACUUCACCACAAUCUAUGACUAUCUCAUCACUUCAACUCUAAGCUUCAUAAGUGUAUACGAUGAUCCAGGCAAAGAUGGGCGGGGUCGUUACAAUCCCCAAAUAUCACCUGUAAUUAAUGCCACCGAUUGGCUAAAAGGGUCUCAAUGGUUCGAAAUGCACCGCGACAUGGCCUUACACAUUGUUUCCGAUAAAACAUAUUAUUCGGUUUUCAAACAAUACUGUCGGCCACCUUGUUACAAUGACGAACACUACAUCGCUACAAUGGUGAACAUGUUGUAUGGGAAGCUAAACUCCAAUCGAAGCAUUACGUGGGUUGAUUGGUCCAGUGAAGGGGCUUAUCCUAGGAAAUAUGGAUAUGCUGAUAUAAACCAUGAGCUUUUGAGUCAAAUACGAUAUGGAUCGGAAUGUAUUUACAAUGGGAAUUCAACUUCAAUGUGUUUCCUAUUUGCUAGAAAGUUCCCACCAUCUACCUUGAAGCCCUUGAUGGGGUUGCUUCAUUUUGAGUAUUGA